AUGUUUCGUUUGCUUCUGCUGACAGUUGUGGCUCACUAUUCCUAUGCAAAUUGUGGAAGGCAUAUACCCGGUCAGGUUUACGCCCCAUGUCCACCGGCAGUACAACCUCCUGCGGUCUAUGCUCCCCCACCUCCACCUCCACCACCACCUCCACCACCGGUAAUCCUCAGAUCGGUUCUGCUUCCGGAACUUCCAGCCCCGCACGAAUUUGUGAGCAUUAGUAAAUACAUCAUGCAAUUGUGUACCGUAGAAAAUUGCUUUAGCUACGUCAAAGCCAUCGCCGUCGCCAUCGCCAUCGCUACCGCUCAAGCUCGGAAUCUCCCGAGCACCGUAAUCGCCGUAGAGGACGCAAGAGCUGUGAAAAUCGCUGCCCAAAGCUCAUUAUCACAUGCGCACCAGGCCUGA